AUGUUCAAGAGACCUCUCACAGGCAAAGUUCGAGGUGCUUCGGCACAAACCAAAAGCAAAUCAUCGUCUUCUUCUGGAUCUGGAUCAAAGAAGACGGAACAAGCGGAAAUUGACAUUAUUAGUAUGAUUCAAGAACGGGAUUUUGCGGGAGCCAUCGCUGUGUUAGAGUUUUUUAAGGGACUCGGAAAGGAACAUCCAAGAUUGAGGCCAACACUUCCAUGGUUGGCGUAUUGCUGUUAUCAUUUAGGUGAAUAUACAAAAGCAAUUGAGUAUCUUGAGGAGCUCUAUUCUAAAUCCAAAGACUCUUAUAUAUUCCUACAACUUGCAUGUUGCUAUUACUUCUUAGGAGAAUAUGAAGUUGCUUAUGAGCAUGUGAUGAAAGGACCCGAUUGCCCAUUCCAAAAUCGAAUUCUUUUCCACAUUGCCGACAAGCUACAAAAGGAGGAUAUUGUAAACCAAUGUCACAAAAAGUUAAGUGAUAACAACAUUGAAGAUCAGCUGAGUUUGGCUGCAAUGCAUUUCUCCAGAAAUCAAAUUCAGCCUGCAGUCAAUAUUUACAAAAACUUGCUGUUAGAAGAUAGUUCCUUUGAAGCGCUUCAUAUAUAUGUCGCUCUUUGUUAUUUUAAAUUGGAUUUCUUUGAUAUUUCAUUAGAAGUGCUCAACAGUUAUCUUCAAAAACAUCCGAAUAGCCCAACAGCUCUAAACUUGAAAGCAUGCAACAUAUUUAAAACUUACUCAGGGAAAAAAGCAGAAGCGGUUCUUCAGCCAAUUGUGGAACUUCAACAAACAUCACACACAGCAGAGAACUACCUAAUCAAACAUAAUAUGGUCGUGUUUAGGAAUGGAGAAAAUGCAUUACAAGUUCUUCCGCCUCUGCUUGAAGUGCUUCCAGAAGCGAGACUCAACCUAGUUAUUUAUCACUUGAAAAAUGGAGAUGUUGACGAAGCAUAUGAACUCAUUAAGGAUCUAGAACCAGUCAAAGCAAGCGAAUAUAUCCUCAAAGGGGUGGUAAAUGCUUGUAAAGGACAGCUUCAUGAUACCAGGGAGCAUUUGAAAAAUGCAGAACAUUACUUCCAACUGGUAGGAACAUCUGAUACUGAAUGUGACACGAUUCCUGGUAGACAAUGUAUGGCAUCAUGCUUUUUCCUUACCAAAAGAUUCAGUGACGUUAUUGUAUAUCUCCAAUCCAUAGAAAAUUUCUUCCAAAAUGAUGAUGACUUCAAUUGGAAUUAUGGUAUUGCUCAUGCAUAUGUUGGAAACUAUAAGGAUGCUGAAAAAAUAUUAUUGGCCGUCCAAGAUGAAAGCUACAGAAGAGACUAUGUGUACAAUAGUUGGCUAGCUAGGUGCUACAUUAUGAACGGAAAACCAGAGCUUGCUUGGGAGUUAUACCUUAAAAUGGAAACCUCCAUUGAUGCAAUGAAUUUGCUUCAACUCAUCGCCAAUGAUUGUUAUAAGAUUGGAUCUUUCUAUUACGCUGCAAAAGCGUUUGAUGUUUUGGAGAGGUUGGACUCAAAUUCUGAAUUUUGGGAAGGUAAGCGAGGAGCAUGCAUUGGUGUGUUCCAACAAAUUGUUAUUGGUAAGGAACCAAGUGAAACUCUGCGCGAUAUUGUACACAUGCUCAAGAACUCAAAUAGAGAAGAAAAGAAUAUCAUUCUCCAAAUCAUUGCAAAAUGGGCCCACGAAAAUAACCUAAUUUCGAAUUAA